AUGACCUCGACUCUGCGACAGAUUGUCGCUGGGCCAAGGGUGAGACACCCCGAGGCAAAGCUGGACCUGUGCUAUGUGACCGACUCUAUAAUAGUUACGUCUGGACCCUCGCAGACAUGGCCGCAGCGGGCGUACCGCAACCCCCUCGACAAGCUCAGAGCCUGGCUGACGGCCAAACACGGCGACGACUGGGCGAUAUGGGAGUUUCGCGCCGAAGGCACGGGGUACCCCGACGAGGCCGUCUUCGGGAGAGUAUGCCACUACCCGUGGCCGGACCACCACCCGCCGCCGUUUCGGCUGGUGCCCCCGAUCAUGGCGAGCAUGAGGAACUGGCUGCACGGGGGCGCACUGCACGGGGGGCCCCCGCCGGAAGGGGAAGAGAGCCGCGGCGGCAAGAGGGUCGUCGUGAUUCACUGCAAGGCGGGCAAGGGCCGCUCGGGAACCGUGUCGUGCAGCUACCUCAUCUCGGAGGAGGGCUGGGCGGCGCAGAGGGCGCUCGACAACUUCACCAGGCAGCGCAUGAAGGAAGGCUUCGGGCCGGGCGUCUCGAUACCCUCGCAGCUGCGGUGGGUGGGCUACGUCGACCGCUGGAAGGACCACGGCAAGCAGUACGUCGACAGGCCGGUUGAGAUUGUGGAGGUCCACGUCUGGGGUUUGCGGGGCGGCGUCGACGUCUUCGUCAGAGGCUUCGCCGACGAGGGCAAGAAGGUGCACAAGAUUCACACGUUCGGCCCCGAGGAGAGGCUGGUGGUGGAGGCGGGCGAGCCGCCGAGGAGCGGGCUGGUCGACACGCUCUUGGGCCUGGUGGGAUAUCCGGCGGACAACAUGAAGGCUCCGCAGCAGGCGGAUUCGGCUGGCGAGGCGAGCAGCGCCGCGGGCGUCGAGCGCAAGCAUACAUGGACUGGUGAGGCGGGGGACAAGACGAGGCACGAGCCGGCGGGUAGAGAGACGGGGCCGGUCCAGGAGACGCAGCCGGGCGGCGGUGCUGGGGACGGCGUCGACAAGGCGAGAUCCAAGACGGGCAGCAGCAGAAGCAGCAGUGCGAGCCGCGGCAAUGGUGUUCUUGACGGGGAGCAGCCGGGCGGGAUGGCGGUGGUGUUUAGACCGGCGCGGCCGAUCCGCAUACCCAACAGCGAUGUGAAUAUCGCACUGAAACAACGGACCCGGACACACAAGAGCUUGAGCUGGACUGUGGUGUCGUCCGUGGCGCACGUGUGGUUCAACGCCUUCUUUGAGGGCCGCGGCCCCGAGCAGGGGGCAGAAAAGGCGGACGAGAGCGGCGUCUUCACGAUAGAGUGGGAGGCAAUGGACGGCAUCAAGGGCUUGUCCUGGAAGGGAUCGAGGGCGCUGGACAAGAUGAGCGUCGUGUGGAGGGUGGCUGGCGAUGGCGGCAAGGAGGGCGAGGAGAUUGUCGAGCCUGGGGAAGGGGAGCCGGUACCGCAGGUUGCGGCCGCGGACUGGAGGGGCACUGCGGCCGUGGAGGGCGGCAAGGGCGAGAGGGAUUUGAGCGUGGAGCGGUCGGAUGAUGGCGAUGGUCGCGGCGACGGCGAAGACGACGGGAGUGGUGAUGGGGAGGUAGAGGACGGUUUGAAGUCCUCGGGACCCGGGGGUGAGGAUUUGGCGCUCGACAAGGAAGACGGGAAGAGGUAG